AUGCAUCCCCCGCAUGGUAGUGAAAUGAGCAACCCCAUGAUGUUUGACAUGACACCAGGCUUAAACAGAGAAAGGCCACAAAAUUUUAUUAGAGAUAGUGAUGAAAAUAAGAGAUUCGAUAAAUACCCUAAGCUGAAGCAACUCCUAGAAUUGAAAAAUAUUAUCAUAAAGAAAAGGUCCACCCCAGCUAGGUACAUCAAUUGUGAUCUAAGGACAUUCGACUUGGGAUCAUUAGGAACAAAAUUUGAUGUCAUCCUUAUCGACCCACCUUGGAAAGAAUACUACGACAGGAAAAUACACAACCUAGAUUUACUGAACAGCAUGCACAUAGAAAACUACGAUUUGAAUGGAGAUAUCAAUAAUGACAGAGAUAAAUUU